AUGUGUAAUAAAAAUGAAGACAUUGAAAGUACAUUAUCUAAGUAUGCUUUAAAAAGAAAACAAUUAUUAGAAGAGGAAAAAAGAAAAAUGAAAGAAGAUUUAUUGUUAGAUGAAGAUGAAGAAGAUAUAUUUGAAGAAGUUGAAAUACCUUCUAAAAAACCUAAAGAAGAGGAAAUUACAAAGACAAAUGAACCAGUAAAAAGUUUACUUGAAAGGCAUUUAAAAAAUUUAGAAAAACCAAUAAAUGAAGAAAUAAAUAAUGAAGAUAUUAUAGAUCAAAUUGGUCCUAAAGGAGGAUUACAAACAUUUACAGAAAUAGCUAAAGGUAUUACAUAUCAAAAACCAUUGAAAACAAAUUGGAAACCACCAAAACGAUAUCGUAAAAUGGCACAAGAAGAAUGGGCAAAAAAUAGAAAAAAACAAAUGAUUCUUGUAGAAGGUGAAGAUAUACCACCAAUAAUAGAAAGUUUUGAAGAAAUGAAAUUUCCAAAAGUUUUAAUAAAAGGUAUGAAUUUGAAAGGUAUAAAAUUACCAACACCAAUUCAAAAACAAGGUAUGCCAGUAGCAUUAUCUGGUCGUGAUAUGAUUGGCAUUGCUUCAACUGGAGCUGGAAAAACAAUUACUUUUUUAGCUCCAUUGAUGGCAUUUUGUCUUCAACAAGAAAUUGAAUUGCCUUUUUCUAGAAAUGAAGGACCAUAUGGAUUAAUUGUCGUUCCUUCCAGAGAAUUAGCUCAACAAAUUUAUGAUGUAUGUAAAAAUAUUGGUGGUACUAUAUUUCAAGGUGGUCUUCCUGAAAUUAAAGUAGCAUUAACAAUUGGAGGACAAAAUAUGGCAGAACAAAAAACUCAAUUUAGUAAUGGAAUACACAUUGUUGUUGCAACUCCUGGACGUCUAUUGGCACACUUAGGUUCUAAAACUUUUAAUCUUCAAAUUUGUCGCUACGUAGUUUUAGAUGAAGCUGAUAGAAUGUUAGAUUUAGGUUUUGAGGAUGAUCUAGCAAAUAUUUUUUCAUAUUUUAAAGCGCAACGUCAAACGUUGUUAUUUUCAGCUACAAUGCCAAGGAAAAUUCAAAAUUUUGCAAAAAAAGCUUUAAUAAAACCUAUUAUUGUUAAUAUUGGAAGAGCCGGAGCAGCUUCAUUAAAUGUGACUCAAGAUAUAACAUAUGUUAGAGGUGAAGAUAAACUUCGUAAAAUUCUAGACUAUCUUCAAAAAACACCACCACGUGUAAUAAUAUUUGCUGAAAGAAAAGGAGAUGUUGAUAAAAUAUGUGAAUUUCUACUUUCUAAAGGAAUUGCUGCAGCAUCAAUACAUGGAGAAAAAGAUCAAGAGGAAAGGCACGAAGCAAUUAAUCGAUUUAGACAGGGUUUUCGUGAUGUUUUAGUUGCAACAGAUAUUGCUUCAAAAGGUCUUGAUUUUCCUAAUAUUAUGCAUGUUAUUAAUUAUGAUAUGCCAAAAGAUAUUGAAAAUUAUGUUCAUAGAAUUGGAAGAACUGGUCGAUCUGGAAAAAAAGGUUUAGCAACAACUUUUAUAAAUAAAAAAUCUGACUUAUCGACACUAGCAGAUUUAAAACAACUAUUAAUUGAAGCUGAUCAAGAAUUACCACAAUUUCUUAAAGAUUUGGUUAUUGAAGUUAAUAGUGAAGAACAAGAACCUGAGAAUAAAGAAGAAAUUUCUACUGAAGAUAAGGGAUGUUCUUAUUGUUCUGGAUUAGGUCAUAAGAUUUCUAAUUGUCCUAAAUUAGAAGCUAAUAACAGAAAACAAAUGUAUGGAAGGGAUUCAAGAUAUCACGAGUCAUCACAAUACUAG